CUCGGAGACGCGACACUGUGCGAGUUUUGUGACAAUUGAUGAACCAAAACCGUCCACUGCUACAGCAGCUAAAGUGUGUGUGAGUCCACUCUGUGUGUGUGUGAGGCGUUAAGGUUCCGGUUUGGGUGCGAAAUGCGUCACUGAUGUAAAACUUCCGGCCCGGUGAGCGCAGCUAUUCUCAUCGUCCUUUUCUUGACUUCACUUUGGCCGGUGUGUGUGUUUUUUUUUUUUCUUCGUGAAACCACCCUCAGCCAAUUUAAACAUGCGAGUCUCGUGUAAUUACAGCUUUAAUGAUCCCUGAAGUUUGAGCGCAAACUCGGAAGAAGCUGUUUUUGCAGGGGUUUUUUUUACAGCUGGGCUUGACGGGCGCACGACAGCUGCGAGAGCUCAUCUCGUCUUCCCUCCAAAUAACAACACACCCGGUAGCUGCCGUCCAAAACCCGUCGACCCCGGUGUGAAAGCAGCUGACCAUGGAUGUGGAUCUAGAUGGACUAUUUCGUCAGAACACCUCAUAUGACUAUGACAUGGACUACGAGUAUAAGGAUGAAUUUGACUCGAGCAACAAGGCGGUGUGGAUGCCGGUUCUGUAUACUUUGGUGCUGAUUGUAGGCCUCCUGGGGAACGUACUGCUCCUGAUCAUUGUGGCUCAGAGGAGGCUGCCUUCAUGGAGCGUGUCAGACUUCUUUGUUGUCCACCUGAGCGCUGCGGACAUCCUGCUUCUGGUGACGCUUCCCUUCUGGUCGGCACAGGCUGCUCAAAAUUGGGAAUGGUGCUUUGGGAUCUUCUGCAAGAUCUGUGGAGCUGUUUUUAAUAUCAACUUCUACUGUGGGAUCUUUCUGCUGGUUUGCAUCACUUUAGAUCGCUACCUGUCCACCAUCCAUGCCAUCAACUUGUACUCUCACAAGAAGCCCUGGUUGGUUCACAUCAGCUGCCUGUUGGUCUGGCUUGUUUCCCUUCUCCUCACCAUCCCUGACUGGAUUUUCCUGGUGACUGAGAGAGAUUUAGCAACAGGUAGAAAAUGGUGUGCGUACAGAUACUCUGAAUCUGUAACUGACUGGAAGUUGUUGUCACGCUUGCUCCACCACAUGGUGGGCUUUGGCCUACCUGCAGGCGCCCUGAUCUUCUGCUGGUCCUGUAUCUUACUUCAGAGAAGCUCUAAAGGCCAAACGCAGAGAUCCAUCAUGGUCAUCCUGCCUCUGAUGUUGGUAUUCUUUCUCUGCUGGAUGCCGUACAACAUCACACUCAUUGUGGACACUUCCAGGAGACGCUCUAAGGAAUCUCACAAUGUUUUAUCUGGAAACCCUGAAGGUUCUUUGAAAACAGCUCUUGCGGCCACCUCUGCUCUGGGCUGCAUUCACGCCUGCCUCAGGCCUCUGCUAUAUCUUGGCCUGUGUAGUAACUUCAGGAAACGGUUACUCGCCAUGUUGACAUUUGCUCAAGUUGAAUCCAGCAAUUCAUUGUGGGAGCUUAAUGUGGGCGAGGAAGCCCUGCCUGACCAAAGUCAUGAGGGGGAAGAGCUAAAACAGAUGACAAGUGAAGAGCAUCAGGUGCAGACAGUUCAGUGCAGAUGACUGGACAGAAAUGUCAUGCUGUGACUCAGAAGUGAUCUGAAUAAUGAUCCACCCCUGAGGGGAAAUGUGUGUGAACUCAUGCCAGUGGUUCAGAGGGUGGAGGACUACAUUGUAUGUUGCUAUGUAAUAAUAGAUAUUUAUAAGAAGGAAAAAAAAAAGACUCUGUCACAUUCCGCUUUUUAAUGUGAAGGUCUCAGAGCCACAUCAUGGUGUCAUGUAUUGUUAUACUUUUGUUUUGUGAUCACUUCUGCACAGUUUAAGCUUGAUCACCUGAAGUCAUGAACUGAACAUAUCCAUCCAUCCAUUAUCUAUACACAACUUAAUCCUCACCAGGGUCGCGGGGGGCUGGAGCCUAACUGAACAUAUCUGUAUUUUCGUUGUGUAAUGUUAUCCUUUUAAAUGAAAGCAAUCUGUUUUACAUUAUGACCGGCCGUUACACUUCCCUUUUAACUUAGCUGCCUUGUACCUAUCAGUACUUUUUCUUAGUAAACAUGGUGAAUUCCACAAUUGCACAGUGUGUGUGUGUGUGUGUGCAUGUCAGUGUAUGAUUACAAUGCAGUUAGGGAAUUUCCCUUUGGCAUAUCCCAUAGCUUUUGUCCUUUUUGACUUCACUGUUGCAACAUUAGUGUGAGGGCUGUAGGGAAACUGGAUGACACAAACCGGUGAUGAUGUCACCAGUCAGGUGACAGAUGUAGACAGAGGAGGAGGAGGAGGAGGAAGAAAAAAAGCUCUGUUGUUGCUGCAGCCCUUUUUGUAGCUCUCUGUUAAACCCUCAUCAAAGAGCUUGGCUGUUUGGUGGAGAGAAAAACAGCACGUCUCCUUCAGUUAACUGGGAAAUUGAGUAGGUGACAAAAGCAGGAAAGUUAAAGCAGAUAAACAUCUCAAUGUGACGAACAACAGAAUCUGUGGUUUUUAAUGCUGCAAGCUGUGACCUGCCAGGCAAGCUUGAUAGCUGGGCUCAAGGCAUAAUAAUAAUAUUUAACCCGUGCAAAUGUGACCACAAGUAGAGAGUACUGACAUAGCUGGGUGCUCUUUUGGAAGCUUAGUAUAUAGUAUUUUUACACUUAGAAACAAACUGUUUCCUCCUCUCAGCCCAGCUAUUUCUCUUCCUCUUACAGCUAUAAGAUGGAUUUAUUUAGAGUUCAAGUGUCAUUCGGAAAGUUGCCUAAUCUGGGAAAUGCCGGUUGACUGUAACAGCAGAAUUCCAUCAUGUUUAGCACAUUAUGGGGUCAUGGUUACUCUGGAGCAUCACAUUAACUUGAAGCAUGAUUUCCUGCUUCAGCUCAAGCUUAUCUGUCAAAGACAAACAGCUGGUCAUGUUUCUUUAAUGAGUAACAAAUACGUUAUCAGCACAAACUAAACCUUUGGGAAAUGGUAUGGAUUCUUUUAAAAAGUAAAGUAGAGUACUUUAUUAUUGUCAGAAAAAAAGCAUGUAUCAUCAUGACUACAUGGUUAAAAACAAGAGAAGUUCAUGUUGCCACAUCAUGCUUGAUGUGCUUGAAUGGGUUUGCAGCCAAGCUCUUCAAUCCACUGCAUUCUGUGCUGCUUCAGGGCUGAAAUGUUUAUAGUUUAGACACGCUGGUUGUUGCCAGGCUGAUCCUGUACAGAGCAGCUACCAUCCUGCUGUUAGCAAAUGUUUGUCCAUUGCUCAGCCUGGCAUGUAAAUCAUGUGAGGCAGAGCGGUGGAGGCGCAGUGUGGUUUUACAUGCAUAUUAUUUGAUCUGGAGAAACCUGUCUUAAGUCACAUUA